AUGGAUAAACAAAUAUUCAAUGUAACAAAGAUGAUGACUAAAUAUGUGCAACAAGCCAACAAUGAGGAAGACGAGAAACAGAGGUGGGUGCCAUUUGAUAUCGCAAAACCAUUGCUUGAUAGGAGACCAUAUGUCAUCUUAUCUGAUUAUACUGGUUUACCAAACGGAGCAAUCUCAUCAUCUGGCAUGCUUGAAAAUAUUGUACACCCACACCAUGAUGACCCUAGCCAAGAAGACACAAAUGAUAUUCCUAUGGAUGAAGAUGAAGAGAUGGCUGAAGUUGAUUCUGAUGAUUCUGACGAAAAGGCAGACCUCCAAUCUAGUGAUUUGCCUUCCUUGCAAGUAGAAGGGAGUGUCAAUGAUAUUUUGAUUCGGUUAAAUGGAGUACAUCUGGGAUAUAAGCAAGUGGAUUUAUGUAAUUGUUCUAUCCAAUGCUUGGUUUGA